AUGGCAAACGAAAUCAUCCGAGACGAACGCGCAGAGCCCGAGUCUGGGGCUGAGAAGGGCGCCAUGCUCACGAUCACCCAAGACGCCGACUCUGACCCGGCAAUCAUCGAGAAAGCCGAGACAGAAUCGCUGCAAGACAUGGGUCGUUGGAGAAGGAUGGGAAUCAUCUUUGUCCUCAACACGGUGACAAUGAUUUCAGCCUUCGAUGCGACAUCCAUCUGUGUCAUCCUCCCUCUCAAUGCCUCGUUCUCGAUCAGUCUGAGCAUGGGCUCAGCCGUCUUGCUCACCUCUGCGAUCUCCCAACCCAUCUUUGCCGAACUCGCCCAUGUCAUUGGUAGACGACCAGCCUACCUCGCUGCCUUGGUCUUCUUCAUGACGGGAUCCAUCAUCUCGGGAUUUUCAAAUAGCAGUGUGAUGCUUCUUGUUGGUCGCGCGAUCCAGGGCGUUGGUUCUGGGGGACCGCAGGCAUUGUCGGGUCUGGUGAUGGCGGACUUGUACUCUGCUCGCAAGCGCUCCGGGUCCAUGGCGUAUCAACAGAUGUCUUGGGCCUUGGGUACCAUUGCUGGUCCUCUUGUUGGAGGUACUAUUGUCCAAAGCAAGGACUCUGCUUGGCGUUGGAUCUUUCGGGCAAGUCUGCCUUUUCUUGUGUUGAGUUUCAUCGGAGCCUGGGCUCUUAUGGGAUAUGACAAACACCAGCGCAACUGCCGAGACAUCAAGCAAAUCGAUUGGAUUGGUGUCUUUCUCUACAUGAUCUCUUCUGUCUCCCUGAUCCUGCCUUUGACUUGGGGUGGCUCUCGUUUCCCCUGGAAGUCGCCAGCGAUCAUUGUCCCCUUUGUUGUCUCUUUCUUUGCCUUUAUUGCUCUAGGGGUGUACGAGAAAAAGGUCGAAAGACCGAUGUUCCGACGAGGCCUCUUCCGGAAGUGUUCGACCAUCUGCCAUCUUACCAUGUCGGCGCUGCAUGGACUUCUCAUGUGGAUGGUGCUGUACUAUCUGGCUGUCUACUUCAUGGGUGUCAAGUCCCAAACUCCCCUCAUGACGGGAGUAUGGGCCUUGCCGGCAACUAUCUCUGUUGCCCCCAUGGCGGCAUUGGUAGGGCUGGUAACGCAGAAGACAGGGAAAUAUCAAGGGUUCUUGAUUGGCGGCUGGAGUCUUUUAGUGACCAUCUUUGGGGUUUUGACAAUCCUGGACAAAGACUCUUCGACCGCGACCAUCUUGGUGCUGGCCAUGUUCAUGGGUAUCGCCAUGGGCCUCAUCUUCCCGGUCAUGACGAUUGGCGUGCAGGCCACAUGCAACGAGGAAGAUGCGGGUCAUAGUAUCAGCUUGAUCUUGGUGCUGCGCACCAUGGGUCAGUGUCUGGGCAUCGCGAUUGGAAUGUCCAUUUUUUCGACCCAGCUCGCCAAAGAGCUGAAGAAGGUGGGCCUGGGCAACGUGCAGGUCAGCAAUGCCAUGCAGCUGAUGAGAGCCUCGAUGGAAGACGGAGGCAUUGACCACACUUUCAUGAACAUGGCUGUAGCGGCGGCGCUCAAGAAGCUGUGGAUGGCAGGGAGUAUCAUGGCCGGCGUGGGUCUGAUCCUUUGUCUCUUUGCUAGGUGCCCAAAGCUACCCAGGGACUCGGAACCCCAUGAGAAGGGGAUUUCGGGCCCAGCUUCUGCUCGCCAGCUCAAUGACGGCCCGGUAGCUCCUAGAGCCAUAAGGCAACAAACGGUCACCUUUUAG